AAAAAAAAGCUUCUUGAAGAACUUGGAGAGAAUAGACUUCCAUAUAUGACACCAGCCAAUGCUGAUUUCCAUCUGUUGUGGAAGACCAAGUAUUCCAAGCUGAUUUUCAGGCAAUCUGAUACGGUACCUGAAGAGCUCCAUCAAACGGUACAAGAAGGCUUUCUGACCUUGCGAAAGCACGAUUGUUUCUUUCAAGAUCUUGUAAGGAUCAAAGGAAAAGAUUUUCUUACCCCAGUGUCUCGUGUAUUAAUUGGAAACCCAGGAUGCACUUACAAGUACUUGAACACAAGAUUAUUUACAGUUCCGUGGCCCACUGAAGGUUAUGAUAUAAAAUAUUGCAGUCCUCAAAUACACGAUGCUUGUAAAGCAUUGAUCAGACUUAAUGACUACUUGCAUAUUGAAGCAGUCAAGGCAUUGCAAGGGCAAAAUUUGUUUGAGACCAAAGAAAGUAAAGAUACUGCUGUAGUAGGUAGGGAGCAAAUUGCUACUUCUCUUGUGGAGAAAGGGUCCAUUUCAAAAGAUCAAAGCAGUUGUGCAUCAGAGAAUGACUACAUAAGUCUAAAGAACAGAACAUACUAUAACUUGACUUUAUUAAAUUAUAUGGAUCCACUACAAAUGACGUACUUGAAACAAGAACCUUAUUUUGGAAUGGGGAACAUGGCAGUGAGCUGGCACCAUGACGAGAAUCUGGUUGAAAGGUCAACGGUUGCUGUGUACAGUUACAGCUGUGAAGGUUCGGCUGUGGAAGAAAGCAAUGAACAAAAACUGCAGGGAAGAGACCCAGCUGUUUGGCACGUAGGCUUGAAGGUAGCAUGGGAUAUAGAGACACCUGGAUUAGCAAUACCACUUCACCAAGGAGACUUCUACUUGAUGCUUGAUGAUCUCAAUAUGACACAUCAGCACUGUGUUCUGGCUGGUUUUUCACCUCGAUUCAGCUCAACUCACAGAGUGGCAGAUUGUUCAAGAGGAACAUUGGAAUACAUAUUUGGACAGUGUGAACUGGCACUCCAGAAUUUACAGACUGAUUCUGAUUUAAUGGUUUUAUCUUUGAAAUCACUGGAAACUGCAGUUGUAAAGCAAGUAGAAGAAAUACAUAAUGAGGUUGAAUUUGAGUGGCUUAGGCAGUUUUGGUUUCAAGGGAAGCGAUAUUUGAAGUGCACUGAUUGGUGGCUUAAGCCUAUGGCUAAAUUGGAAGAAUUUUGGAGAAAAAUGGAGAUUAUGGCCUCAGGACGAUAUUUAUCAGCAAACUGAAGGUUGGGCCAAGACGGAAGCUGCUUCUAAUUUAAAUUUUAAAAAAUUGCUUUAAUGUUUUAUGACUUAUAGCAUAUUAAUCACAAUUAAUUUGAGCUAUUGAAGGAGACAGAAGAGAAUGUUAAUUGAGAAUGUCUGUUUUGUUGAGUCUCUAAGUAAAUUUGAUGAUUACU